AUGUCUGCCCAAGAGUUCAUGACUAUCAUCGGAGGUCGUCUUCCCCUUGAGGUCUGUGAGAACAUUGGGGGCUACUGCUUGAGCGACUACACAACGAGGCUCUACGCAGCGAGGCUCUUCAAAGAUGCUUGGGCAAAGAGAGGCCAUUUCGGUUCUCGAGAUGCCGCUGUCCAUGUUACAAAGUCCCAUGAGGUAUGGGCACAACACAUCGAGUUUGAGGGCAUCCAGUACAUCAAGUCUCUCUCUACAGGUCGCAAAAGUGGGAGUGACACGAAGCUCUUCGAGGCUACAGACGACACCCGCGUAAACAUAUACUUCGCCGAAGACCCCUUAGGUAUCCGUGAAGUUGUCAUGACCAGGGAUGACAAUACCGUGUUGGCUCAAGGUGAGAACUUGUCAUGGGUUAUCAACCGUGGAGUGGCUCUUCCAUUCUGGUUCAAACCCGAGUCUGAUGGUCUCAAACUACGCGACUUGGCCAUAACCAAGACAAAGAAAGCAGACGCCAACUAUCGACAGAGGCGCUGGGCUGCUUUGCCUAAUCACUUGCGUGUUUGUCAACUCGCUCAACCGCCAGUUUAUAGCGGCGAAAUGUCAAAGGAACCGAUACGCCUAGUCGACUGGAACUUGCCAGGAUGCAGAGGCUAUACCGUUCUCAUAGACAUGAAUUCCGUCUGUGCUAUCAUCCCUAACAGUACGAGGUUGCCAUCCUCACAAUUGGCGGAUGCGGCGAGUCGCAGAGCUUUGGUUUCGGAAGGGCGAGUUCCCCAAGGGAAUAGCUUGUUUGCCAAGUACAAAAAUCUAAUUAUACGUACAAACAAAGGCCGUAGCUUUGUCCUCGGGUCUGGCAUCGAGUCUCGCUCUACCAGGAAGGAUGUAUGCAAGUUCACUUACCAGGGAAUUGCUGCGCUGUCGUUAACCCAGCCAACUCGAAUGUUGUACAUGGCCAAGCCUCCAAGGUUCUGGUUGUGUGUUGACCCAGCGGAAAGCUUGACCCAGCGCAGGAUCAACCUCUCUCUGCCGAAACCUUCUAAGCCCACUGCUUAUAGAGGCAAACAGUUCUUCUCGUCAACUGCGGAGCUUCGAGAUGUCAGGACAAUUGCAGCAUGUCAAGGCUGGAGAUGCGCUGUGGGUGUGGAGAUCGUCGGCUUGCUCCUCACAUACGUCGACGGCCAUCAACGAUGCAUUGGGCAAAUCCGUCUCGGUCACAUGGACGCACCUCUCACGGUGACUUCGGGAAAGAUAUGGCUUGGCGCUGAUAAGUCAGAACAAGGGCCUCUCCCUGGAGGCUUCUGGCCCCGGACAAAAAAGAUCAAGUGGGUUGGGGUGGAGAAGCCUCUGCCGAAUGAGAACCGGGAGUAUUUGGAAGUAUCGCUUGAAGGUUCUUUAAAAUGGCAAAGUCACAAGAACCUGGACUAUUACGCUCACACAGUGUAUCACGUCGAGAGCAGCGAGCUACAGGAUACAGUGGACGAGAUGGAGGAGGUGCUAGCCCAUGAGACCGCGUCGGGAGAACUUGCUCCGAGAUGGUAA